CCACCAUCCAUGUGUUAAUCAAGAAGUGUAAUCAAGUGUUUCUUUUUCUUAUUUACAAAUAUAUCCAUCUUUCUGUACAGAGAUUGAAAUAAAUGAAAUAAAUCAACAUGAGUGGGCUUGAUAAAGAUCAAAUGAAAACUUUUCAAGACUUUUUGAUGUCUUACAACAAAUUAUCUGAAUUGUGUUUUGUAGAUUGCGUUAAGGAUUUUACAUCAAGAAAAAUUGUUCAAGAUGAAGAACGUUGUGCAUUAAAUUGCAUGGAGAAGUAUUUAAAAAUGAAUCAAAGAAUAUCUCAAAGAUUUCAAGAAUUUCAAAUGUUAGCUAAUGAAAAUGCCAUAGCAAUGGGUCAAGGUCCUCAAAAAACUUAAAAACAAUAUAUAAUUAGUUUCAGCAUGUAUUUUGUUAACUAGCUUUAAACAAUUGGAUAUUAAAUUGUCGUAUAGAAUUAGAAACAUUUGUUUUUGCAAA